AUGUCUCAUGUGCUGCGUCUAAAGAAUAGUGGAUGUUCAGGAGUCGAUCAACCUGAAAUCCACCGGGUAUACAUUAUCCUUCAUAAAAUUAAGAUUUGUUGGCCAUACUACUUUGUUUCUCGUAUAUUCACUAUCAAAGAAAGUGCCAAAGGAAAUUUGUUUUGCCACAGCUCUAUGAUUGCCAAGAUCAUCAACUACAACAAUAGGAUACCAAAUAUACUAUAUAGGUUCUCUAUUGAUGCUCAAGAAUAUACUCAGUGUACCUUAACAAAUAUGGGGUACAUUUGGGAUGAACAAAAUGAGGCAUAUUACUUUCGUAUUGGUAAAACUGGUGAUCCAAUUUAUAAUUCUGAUGAUCCGGGUGCAUUCGAUGGAAAUGUUGUUGAGCAACAUGGCGAGGAAAAUAAUCAAGAAGAUGUGAACAUGGUUGAUGGAGAGCACAAACAAGAUGCGCCUUGGAUGCAAGCUGAUUCUAAUCAAGGAUGGAGACGGUGGCUGCAACAAACUGAUGAGCAUAUGAAAUAUGAGAGUAGUUACCAAGAGUAUGGCUCAUAA